CACAACUGCAACUUGGAUUAGUUCUAGAAACAUCGAAAACCAUCAACAUCACGGCUUUUCUUCCAAUCCACCUCAUUGCAACAAAGUGCAAUGGCCAGCGCUGGGCAGGUCCACUUGCCGCCCGAGAUUUUGGACCAUAUAUUCAAGCAAUUCAUUGAAACUAUUCCAAGAAAAUGUCCCACAGGCCUCAUUUUGAGCACCUACGGAUGUCCUGUCUCGUGGAAUAGCCUGAAGAAUUGCAAUUACAAAGCAUUGAGCAAUGAAAAUGACACUUCGAGGCCGACAUCCUUCACCCGAACUUGGUUUGUCACCGGCGGAGCAACAGACCUACUAAGCCUUCGUUUGAUGUGUAGAACAUGGAACGUCUUGGCUUCGGAAAUUUACUUUUCACAUCGCAAAAUCAGGAUAGGCCUUCAAAGUAUAUGGCGCCCGCAUCUUUCAGGGACCAAGUCGAAAUUACAAAAGACGGUCGAUCUGUAUCGCGGCACCAAUGACAACAUGGCCACGAACUGCAAUGUGCGCCACCUAGUUCUGAACCUCGAGAAGUUUCCCACUUCUGCUCUGAUCUACGACACCAAGCAAGAUCCCACAGGCAGAAAUGGGGCUACUGGCCGUGUCGACUUGCUGCAAAGGUACCCGGGGAAAAAGGGGGACAAGCUCAGCCUCUCUCCGCAAAACUUUGACAAAACCGUGGCUUUGAUAGCCCUUUCGGUAUCGUCGGUUCUUUGUUCUUCGCUCAGAGGAAUCCGAAGCCUCCAAAUCUCUCUGCCUUGGCUCUCAUCGGGCAUGGUCAAUAAUCAGGCUGUAGCAAGCUAUUUGCAUCCACCAUAUCUUGACACUAUCAUGCAAGCUAUUCUAUUUGGCUUGGGAGGGCCGGCCUUUGCAAGAAACUUGGUCGAUUUGCAGCUCACCCUCCCAACCACGACGAACAUUGGAGAUGCGCUUUCAACAUUGGCAGAAGGCAGCCCCGAUGCCUUGAAACGCAUGCAGCACUUAUAUGUGUCUGUUGGGGAUUUUUCGAACACCAGAUUAACUGGGGGAAACCGGAAUAUUCCUAGCAACCUGCAAGCGCGGUCUCCGAACCAUGAACACCAGGAUAAAGUUUGGGAGCAGUUGGUAAAGUUUCCCAACCUCGAAUCUCUCAAGUUCAGCGCUUCAGAUUGUCUGGACUUUUGCCGGCUAUCAAACCGGCUUGCAGCUGCUCCCGAGGGCUCCUUCACGAAAUUGCGCGUCCUGCAUCUUUCAAAAGUUCUCGUAACCUUUUCCGCCCUAACUCGACUACUGAUACCCAGUCGAAUCCGACGCGUAUCUUUGUCAACACUUGUCAUGCGAUGCCAUUCGUCUGCACCCCAUAGCGACGAGCCUGAUACAUGGGGCGACGUGUUUUCCUACAUGAGGCGGUAUUGUCGGGCCUUGGAGGUUGUCUAUGUUGAAGAUUUGUAUUAUUCGCGAAUGCACCCGCGAUGUUUACGCCCCUGGUAUUUUGCCAAAGAGGUUCCAAUAUGGUCGGCAUGUCUUGAUUCCACUAGGGUCUUGGAAGCCCGUUACGGAGACUCUGUGGUACCAUUCACGGACGAUCAUGCAUCGUUCAGUUUGCUAGUGGAUUGUCUUGCAAAUCGUCUUGGAGGACAUGAUUUCGAUUAUGAGUGGCCAAGUCGAAUUGUAAGGAAUCGUGAAUAUGAUGUCGAUGAGCUGCCUACCUUUGAUAUGGAUGAGAAGCUUGGAAUGGAGGAUGAGGCUGCUUUAGAGAAGGGAAUGUUUGAUAUGGGCAAAUUGAGGAUGUGGCCAAGAAGUGAGUUUGAGAUUUCGAGGCGGAAGAAAGUGUGGCCGGUGGAGGAUGAGAGCCAAGAGGAGGGCGAAGAGGGCGAAGAGGGCGAAGAAGUAGGGGAAAGCAACGUUGCGGAUAUACACAUUGUGGAUAUACACAUUGUGGAAGAUCAGCAUGUGGAUGCGGAUGGCUAGGACUGUCUUUCUUUGCUACCUACACAAAUUGGUCGUUACAGUUGCUAUUUGAGGCAGUCGGCCCGCACAUGGGCGAAGUUACCCCUUUGGCGCCCAUCACCUGUUUACCUCAACCCUGAAUGCUCUCUCGAUCACAAGAGGCAGCGACACGAACAAUGACAUAAUCAUACAGUCGCUUGGAGACCAAAGUUACUGCCCUUGCCCCCCUUUUUUAGGUCCCACUUUGACCAGCGAGAUCCUGAUUGCUUACAAAAACC